UAUGCGUAAUUAAUUGAUUCAACGACGUCAACAUCCUUCAUGAAAUAUUACCUAUAGAUACGUACUGUAGGUAAGGAUCUCUCGAAAGAUAAGAAACUUUCUCAUUUGCAUACAUUUGAGUAAACGUAGCUAGGUAGCGGUUACAAAGUCAUGCUGAAUUAUACGUUACGGUUGCGGAGGGUGGCCCAGACAAUCUGGCUACCUUGCAGAUAUGCCAGUGAGGCUUUCACAAGGAGGUUCGAAGGAAAAAUUGCAGUUCUCACGGCGUCGACUCAAGGAAUUGGACUGGAUACAGCAAGAAGAUUUGCCUUAGAAGGAGCCAAGGUGCUGAUAUGCAGUAGAAAGCAAAAAAAUGUCGACGAAGCUGUACGAACGUUGGCCAACGAGGGGUUAGAUGUGAAGGGGGUUGUGUGUCAUGUUGGCAAACAGGAGGAGAGAGAUCAUCUUCUGAACGAGGCUGCCAAACUGGGAGGAAUAGACAUAUUAUUCGCAAAUGCAGCGGUGAAUCCGGUACCAGGACCGAUCGUUGAAUGUACCGAAGGCGUCUGGGAUAAAAUUUUCGACGUAAAUUUGAAAUCGACCUUCUUCCUCGCCAAGGAAAGCUUGCCAUUGAUGAGGCAACGUCAAGGCGGUUCAAUAAUUUUAACGUCGACGUGUGGGGUUUACGCAUCCAUGCCAAACAUUGGCAUUUACCGCGUAAGCAAGACCGCCCUGUUGGGUCUAAUGAAGACGAUGGCAGACGAGCUGGCCGAGUACAACAUACGGGUGAAUUGUGUCUCUCCGGGUUAUAUCGACACCAAAUUUGUUCAAAUUUUGAUGGAUGAUAAGCCAAAGGUUCUAUCGACAAUACCAUUGCGAAGGGUUGGACGUCCAAAAGACAUAUCGGGAGUCGUGGCUUUCUUGGCAUCGGACGAUGCCGAUUACAUAACGGGAGAGAAUAUUAUAGUAGCAGGUGGUGUGACUUCCAGACUGUAAAUUUUGUUCACCUCCUUGCAUCUCAUCGUCUAUUCCAUUCAGAUCAAACUUUACUAUCUGCAUUCGUUUUUAUAAAUAGAAAUUGAUCCCAUAUAUUGUGGUUGCCUAUUAGCUCUGACAGAAGAUACGCAAUAUCAGAAAUAAAACCUAAAAAAGGUUUUUGAAAUUUUUGUGAUUUCUGAAAUAAAUAGUUACAUAGGAA